UGCACAGUGUCGGGCAAAAUGGCGGACAAAACGCCAGGUGGGGCACAUAAAGCCAACUCAAAGGCUUUAUCAGAAAAUAAGUUAAAGGCAUUUAGUAUUGGCAAGAUGGCAGUUUCAAAAAGAAUACUAAGUAAAAAAGAGCAAGAUGAACUCAAGAAGAAGGAGGACGAAAGAGCCGCUGCAGAGAUCUAUGAAGAAUUUCUUGCUGCUUUUGAGGGAGGCGAAGGAAAAGUGAAGACUUUUGUCCGUGGUGGUAUUGCCAAUGCCACAAAAGAGGAAGCGGUAAACGAUGAUAAGAAAGGAAAGCUUUACAAACCGAAGUCAAGGAUUCUGGAGACAAAAAGUUUUUUACCUUUGGAAACUCCACAGUUUUUAGCUGUAGACAAGCGCAAUGCAUCGAAGAAGGGAGACAAAGAAAAGAAAAAGAGCAACCUUGAACUCUUCAAAGAAGAACUAAAACAAAUACAGGAAGAGCGUGAUGAACGUCACAGGUUGAAGGGCCGCGUCAGUCGUUUUGAGCCUCUUUCCACAACGGAAGGAAGGCGAUCCUUGGAUGGUUCUUCACGAAGAAACCGUCCAUCCAGUGUUUUGGAUGAUUCGGCUCCUGGCUCACAUGAUGUUGGUGAUCCAACAACUACAAAUCUUUAUUUGGGGAACAUAAACCCACAGAUGAACGAGGAGAUGCUCUGUCAGGAAUUUGGUCGCUAUGGUCCAUUAGCCAGUGUGAAAAUCAUGUGGCCUAGGACUGAUGAGGAAAGGGCCAGAGAGAGGAACUGUGGCUUUGUUGCCUUCAUGACGAGGAGAGAUGCUGAACGUGCACUUAAGCAUUUAAAUGGCAAAAUGAUAAUGAAUUUUGAAAUGAAACUGGGAUGGGGCAAAGGUGUACCAAUUCCACCUCACCCAAUAUAUAUUCCACCGUCUAUGAUGGAGCACACCCUUCCGCCACCACCCUCUGGACUUCCUUUCAAUGCCCAGCCCAAAGAAAGACUGAAGAACCCCAAUGCUCCUAUGCCUCCCCCUCCAAAGAGCAAAGACGAGUUUGAGAAGACUCUGUCGCAAGCCAUAGUCAAAGUGGUUAUCCCAACAGAAAGGAAUUUGCUCUCUCUCAUCCAUCGAAUGAUCGAGUUUGUGGUGCGUGAGGGACCCAUGUUUGAGGCUAUGAUCAUGAACAGAGAGAUCAACAAUCCGCUCUACAGGUUUUUAUUUGAAAAUCAAAGUCCAGCUCACGUCUAUUACCGGUGGAAGUUAUACACUAUAUUACAGGGCGAAUCUCCUACCAAAUGGAAAACUGAGGACUUCAGAAUGUUUAAGAACGGGUCUUUUUGGCGACCACCUCCUCUCAACCCAUAUUUACAUGGCACUCCCGAAGAUGAAGAACUUGAAGAAGUUGUUGAUGAUGAUGAUGAUGAUGAUGAAGAAACCAGUAAGAAGGGUGCAUUGAAAGACGAUGAGAGGGAUAAACUGGAGGAGAUGUUGCGAGGUCUCACACCAAGGAAGAGUGACAUAGCUGAAGCCAUGCUCUUCUGCCUGUUGCGUGCUGAUGCUGCCGAGGAGAUUGUGGAAUGCAUCGCUGAGUCUCUGUCCAUACUUAAAACCCCUUUGCCAAAGAAGAUUGCAAGAUUAUAUUUGGUGUCAGAUGUGCUGUAUAACUCCUCUGCAAAAGUUGCUAAUGCCUCAUAUUACAGAAAAUUCUUUGAAACAAAACUCUGUCAGAUAUUUUCUGAUCUCAAUGCCACUUAUAAAACAAUACAGGGCCACUUACAAUCAGAGCAUUUCAAGCAACGAGUAAUGUCCUGUUUCCGUGCAUGGGAAGACUGGGCAGUGUAUCCUGAUCCUUUCCUGAUUAAACUGCAGAACAUUUUCCUGGGGCUUGUGAGUCUCGAUCCAGAGAAGGAGAUUGGAGAGCCAGAGCCAGAGCAACCAGAAAAAACAGAGGACAUCGAUGGUGCUCCUAUUGUGGAGGAGGAGCUGGAUGGUGCUCCUCUGGACGAUGUGGAUGGCACACCCAUCGAUGGAGCACCAAUUGAUGGAGCGCCAAUUGACGAUCUGGAUGGAGUGCCCAUCAAGGGAGCAGAAGAUGAUCUAGAUGGUGUUCCUUUAGAUCACUCUGGGCAAAAAACUGAUUUUAAAGUAGCCCCAUCAAAAUGGGAGGCAGUAGAUGGUGCCGCUUUGGAGGCUCAAGCUGUAACCACAUCAAAAUGGGAAGUAUUUGAUCUGCCAGAUGAAUCAGAAAAAAGUAAAGAGAGAACAAAACAUGAAGCUGAGAGCAAAGACUCUUUGAAGAGCUCCAGCUCAACAGAACAGCAAUCUUACUCUAAUCCUGUUAGAGAAGAAUAUGAUUCAAAGUCUGCAAAAUUUUCUGAGAUGAGCGAGGAAAAACGUGCCAAAUUGCGAGAAAUUGAGCUUAAAGUCAUGAAGUUUCAAGAUGAGCUUGAAUCUGGAAAACGACCCAAAAAAUCUGGACAGAGUAUUCAAGAACAAGUAGAGCUCUAUCGGGACAAGUUACUACAGAGGGAGAAGGAGAAAGAGACAGAAAAAGACAAGGAGAAAGAAAAGGAGAGAAAAGACAAAGACAAAUCUGAUGUGUCACACAAAGAGAAGGACAAAGAAGAAUCUACACCAAGUAGAAAAGAAAAAAAACGGAGGCACAGUCCCACCCCCAGCCCCACUCGAAGUAGCAGCAGUAGACGUGGCAGGUCACCUUCACCACGAUCAGAGCGCUCUGAUAGAUCGUAUGCAAAGGAGAGUAUUCGGUCUUCUUACAAAGACUCUCCAAGAGACAGCAAUCGGAAGUCAUCUAAAAGGUCUCCUUCCCCACCUAGAACACCCAAAAGGUCACGCAGGUCCAGAUCAAGAACGCCCAAAAAAUCCUCAAAGAAAUCCAGAUCUCGGUCGCGAUCGCCUCACCGUUCUCACAAGAAAUCUAAAAAAAGCAAACACUGAGACUGCUGACUAUAAUGAAAAUAUGCCUGGAUUGUCUUUUGUGCCUCAUCUGUCCUUUAAAUCAGUGUGAGAGACAUUCCCUUCUUCACCUCCUCUCCUUUUGAAACUCGCUCACAUUGGCACAAGAACAAUGUGUAACAUUACAAGGGCAAUCUAUGGGGUGUUUUAUAAUGUAAUUUUGCUGACAGCUUCCUUUGAUGUUCAGGGUGUCAGAAAAUAAAAUAACUACAGUUGUUGGGGCAGUCCUAAAUCAAGAUGAAAACUAGUCUUAUUUUUUUUUUUUUUUCUUUCUUUUUUUUUUCAUGGUUUUUAGAUCCCUUGAAACUGACUUAAAUUAAAAUAGUGUAAAUUUCAGUUGUAUGGAUGUUUGCUUUUCAAUAAAGACACAAUUUAUGUGACCUCUUUGAAAUACCUCAGUGUUUGCUCAGAUACAUUGUAGAUAAACAAGUUCUCUGCAUUAAAACAUUUUAUAAAAAUUGUGAAAAGAUAUAAAGGCAAUAUCUUGAAAGUUAUAUAUAUUGGAUAAUUCAC